CGAUCUGGCAAUGUGUCAUAGCCAAAACUUUGGGCGACACUAUUUCUUUAGUCUACACUUUCUAAAUCUGUUUGUCAAAAAUUUACUUUUUAAUUGCAUAACUUAUGACUGUAGUGAAAUUCAGCUAUAUUUAGUGUACAUCGGCUUGGAUUUGGGUGGGGCAGUUAGUAUAAAUAAACAAAUCAACCAGAAAACAUGGCCGACGACGACGGCAGGCGUGGUGUUACUGCAAUGGCAGAUGCCGAAACUACAGAGCAAAGCACCGAUAAUCCACAGACUUCUGAAAAACAUACAAAUUCUACUGAGGCUGAGGUAGUUGCAACUCAGCCCACUGAAGAGUUGGAGGACAAUGAGAAAACACUUCCCGGUGAGCAAGCUAUCCAAAAGAAUGCCACAGAGGUGAUUUCAACAACCAGCAGAGAUUCUGAAGAAACACGAAAUUUGUUGGCAAAGGCCAGAGAAGAGCUUAGUAGAGCCAUGGAGGAAUCAGCACGAGCUAGAGAUGAAGUUGAAAAAGCGAAAAAAGAUCUUGCUGUUGCAAAGCAGGAUACCUCUACAGCAAAUCAGACUGCUUCUGAAGAAAAACAUCAAAUUGAUGAAAGAAAUCUUAGUCUUUCAGAACCAACCCUGAAAGCUAAGCUAGAAGAAGAAAUGCCUAGCAAUUCCGAAACAGUUUUGGCCAUGGAAAAACAAAUGGAUAACAGCAAGAAUCAGCCAGAACAAGAGGUACAGCUAGAUAUACAGAAAGAAGCAAAUCUGGUUAAGGAUGAUUCCAUAAACUCAAAUCAAAAUUGUCAAGCCAUUCCAAGAAAUGCAGAAGAUGGUGCAGACAAACCAGCUUUAACCCCUGAAUCUCAGUUAGAAUUGGAAUGUAAAUCAGCUGUUGAUUUGGAAGAAGUAAAACCCAAUGCAGACAGCUUGAAAGAAAUUGGUGAAAAACAAACAGAGAAUAACAAAGAUCACAAAGACAAACAUAUUGAACCAUUAGGCAAAAUAGAAGAGGAAGUUAAGGAUGAGUCUCAUUUAGAAGAAAACCAGUCAGUGGAAGAACAAGGAAGGAACUCAGAAGAAGAAAAGAAUGAAGAAGCUGGACUAGUUGAAGGCGAAAAUGAAGAAGGUGAAGUUAUUGAAGACGAGGACGAAGAAGACGAGGCGGUUGAAGGUGAACACGAAGAAGACGAGAUUGUAGAAGGUGAACGCGAAGAAGGGGACGGAGAAGAAAGUGACGAGGAAGAUACCCCAACCAAACCAUUAGAUGACGAUGAAGACCGUCGAAAUCCUCAGUAUAUUCCAAAGCGGGGUGGGUUUUACGAACAUGAUGACCGAAAUCGCGAGGAGGUUGAAGAAGCAGUCACUGAGGAACCUGUAGGUGUGGAGGAAAAACCGAAGAAAACGAGAAGUGAAGCAAUCGAUCGCUGGGGUCAUGAUAUGUUUGACCCCAAUCAGCAAGGACCUAAAACUGGCGAUGAAUUGGUUGAUGCUUACGGAUAUGACAUACGUCAAGAAGAAGGAGCUCCAAGAGCGCGACGUCGCAGACGUUAUGGUCGUGGUCCCAAUAAGUACGAUCGUACUUGGGAGGACGAAGAUGCAUAUUCACGACCCCGUGGACGUGGUGGUGCUGCUUCUAGAGGUGGCCCUUCGGAACGCGGUUCCGGAUUCGACCGCAAUUCCGAUGGUCGGCCGCAACGCUCGCAGCGUCAAGAAAUGCCUAAAAAGGAUGAAUUCCCAGCACUUUCAGAAAAUCGACAGGAAAAUAGAGCCCAAGGGGAGAAUAAUCCGAAACCGUCUUCGCAGUCCAAUUGGAGAGAAGGUGAAAGGGGAGUUGCUGCAAUGACCGGAGGUAAUGAACGCCGUGGAGGGGGUAACGGUAACAGCAGCAAUAACAGUAAGGCGAACGCCAUAUCUUUCCGACGAGGAGGUGGUGGCCGAACGUUCGAAGAGCGGCGAGAAUCAAAAGAAUCUAAAGCAGUUAAAAGCCGUGGCGAUAAUUUGCCCCAGUCUGGUGAGCCGAAUGAGCAGAACACUGCCGAACAACCGCCGAAAGAAAACUUGAGGAGUCCCAGAAAAGCAGUUGGUGAUGCUACCACUCGUGGUGCAAUCUCUCGUGGAGGGAGCUCGCGAGGCGCAGGCAACCGCGGAGAUGGAGCAAUGUACGCAGGUCCUUCCCGCGGUGGUGGAUCAGAUGCUGCACCGAGAGGAAGAGGAGCUCCCAACGUUCGUGGCCGCCGUAACGAUAAUCCCAAUUGGGAUAGAGGAGAUGGAGGAAACAAUCGAGCUGGUGCAUCUCAUCAGGGAUUCUCACGUGGCCAAAGGGCUUCCCAGGAUGUGCGAAUGGAUCAUCGCGGUCCGUACGAGGAACCACGAGGUCGAGGAAGAGGCAAAUUUGGCCGACCGUUGGAAGGAAAUGCCGAGCAAGCUGUGGUGGGCGGAAUGGAACAGGUGCGCAUUGAAGAUCAUUCUGCACCAUCGCGUAAUCAAGAUGUCGGCCGGUCGAAGCGAUAUUCAUCUCAACGACAGAGGAUGACGACUCCUCCGCCAGCCAAUACAGGGCCCUCGGUGAUUCAACAGCCAUCUUAUCCUAUUGCCGCUGGAGGAAAUACGGCAUACUAUGCUUCAUAUAACGAUUCGCCACCUCCUAAUUUCGUCUCGGCAGCUCCAGCUCCUCUACUUCCGAUGGCUGUAGCAGCGCAAGGUGCACCGCCAUCAUUUAUUGCACAAACGAUGUAUCCCGCUGGUCCAGGCCCAGCGCCUUUCAAUGCUGGGCCGUAUCAAGGCUAUCCUCCGGCCCCAGCACCUCCUGCCGUCCCAGUAGGGGUUCCUAUCGGUUCGCCGACACAGGAUUACAUGUAUGGUGGUGGUACAAUGUACUACGAUCCUGGAAGACAACAGCCAAUAAGGCAUGGAUCGCAACCUACACGGAGAGCUAAAGCUGCUAUACCCAUCGUUGCACCUGACAACGAAGUUGACAGUUAUUUGAUAUCUGGACGACGACUUAACAAUGAAUAAUAUUUUCUUGACUUUACCCGACAUCGUCCUCCACUCAACCAUCGUUUGUCGUAUAUGAAGCCCUGAUGAGCGACGCCUUUUUUUCCUUUUUUUAAAUUUUCAACUUACAAAAUAUUUCUUUUUUUGGGUUAACAAAGAUAAAGGGCAAUUGACAAACA